CGCAAAGCUCGCCGUUCCCGUCUCGAUACACCAUGCAAAUCUUCGUCAAGACGCUCACGGGCAAGACCAUCACCCUCGAGGUGGAGUCCUCGGACACGAUCGACAACGUCAAGGCUAAGAUCCAAGACAAAGAGGGGAUCCCCCCCGACCAGCAGCGCCUCAUCUUCGCGGGCAAGCAGCUCGAGGACGGCCGCACGCUCGCGGACUACAACAUCCAGAAGGAGUCCACGCUCCACCUCGUCCUCCGCCUCCGCGGCGGGCACUGCCAGGUCCCGUGCGGGAUCUUCGACGACCCCGCGAUGAUCGCAGAGCUCAAAGAAGCGUGUGCGACGAUCCGCAAGGCGAUGGCGCAGAUCACGGAGCUCUCCGCCGCGCCCCCGUCCGCGGCGAACUUCAACCAGAUGACGCGUUGGGUCAUGACGAAAGAAGAGCACUGCGGGAGGAUCAUCGCGAAGGUGUCCGAGUACUGCCUGUGCCAGAGAGUCAAGGUGGAGCUGUACAAGGACGCGGAGGAGUACAAGGAGGCGCUCAGGCUGCACCACGAGCUCAUGCAGGCGGCGAUGAAGGCGAAGCAGACCGUCGACACCGCGGGGGCGGACGCGCUGGAGCACGCGCUCUCGCACGUCGCCGCGCAGUACACGAAGGCUUGACUGGGAGGAGGCGUCGGGGCGGCGAAGUUGUGAGGCGGGAGCGAGGGCCGCGAAGACGUGCGGCGUGCGAGAGUUUUAGAGAUGUGAUGCGAUGAAGUGCGCGCGCGAGACGUCGCGCGAACGAAA